GUUACGCUUCCGGGGGAGAUGCUGGGCAUGGCGGCGGCUGUCCUCCCUGGAGGCGGGAGAUGCUGAAGGGAUGCUGGCAGAAGGGGAACAAUCAGAAGUGUCACCAAAAGGAUCCAAAGAGCAGGUGGAGCAAAGGAAGCUGAGGGCUCAAGAUGGAGGCAGCAGGCGAGAGAGGAGACGAAAGCAGAAGCUGGAGGGUAAAUCAGGUUCUGGUGUCUUUUGAGGAGGUGGCAGUAUAUUUCACCCAGGAAGAGUGGGCGCUCCUGGGUCCAGCUCAGAGGGCUCUCUACAGGGAAGUCCUGCUGGAGAAUUAUGAGGAAUUGGCUUCUCUGGAAGGGCCUCUGUUUCCUCAACCUCGCCUCAUCUCCUGGUUGGAAGAAGAGGAAGAGGAGUUUGUCCAGGAGAAAGAAGCAGGUAGUCGAAAAGCACUAGUGACAUGCCGCAGGUCCUCUCCUCUUUGGGAUGAAGUGGAAGGAAUGGCUCUCCCUUCAGCUCAGAGUCUGGUGUCCUUUGAGGAGGUGGCUGUCUACUUCAACAGGAUCGAGUGGGCCUUGCUGAAUUCAGGCCAGCAAGAACUCUACAAAGAUGUCAUGCUGGAUAAUUACAGGAACUUGGCCUCUCUGGAAGGGCCACUGAUGCCCCAAUCGGACCUAAUCUCCUGGCUUGAAGAAAAGGAAGAUUGGUUGGUCCAGAAAAGAGAGGCAGAAGAGCCUCUGGUGCUCCAAUUAGACCUCAUCUCCUGCCCUGAAGAAAAGGAAGCACUGUUGGACCAGAAGGGAGUGGCAGAAUGGCCUCUGGUGUCCCAAUUGGACCUCACUUGGUUUGAAGAAAAAGAAGAGUUGUUGGUCCAGAAGAAAAGGGCAGGUGAUGGACAGGACAAUGAGAAUUAUCAGGCGCCAUAUAUAGCGUUGUCAGAAACAACCACACAUGAUAUGGGGAAGGAAAUGUUUGGAAAUCAAAGAGAAAGACACAAGGCAAACCAAUCAAAGCCUAGGCAGAAGAAGCAAUCUGCUUCCCAGGGAGCUGAGGUCCAUGAACUCUUGAUCCCUCCAGAAGACUGUAAAGAUAAUAAGAAUAUUACGUGUCCGGUGUGUGAGAAAAUAUUCCAAUAUAGAUCACAGUUAAAUACACAUAGCAGAAGUCACACAGGAGAGAAACCAUACAAAUGCACAGAGUGUGGGAAGAGCUUCAGUACAAGCAGUUCCCUUACUGCACAUGGAAGAACCCACACCGGAGAGAAACCAUAUAAAUGCAUGGAGUGCGGAAAGAGCUUCAGCCAAAGAGGAAGUCUUAUUGCCCAUCAAAGAACCCACACAGGGGAGAAGCCAUAUAAAUGCAUGGAGUGCGGAAAGAGCUUCAGUCAACUUGGACAUCUUAUUUCCCAUCAGAUAAUCCACAAAGGGGAGAAACACUGUAACUCCGGACAGAUUGACUGUGGAGAGGGCCUCCAUGAUAGCAUAACCUUUACUGAACACCAGAGAACCCACACAGGAGAGAAGCAGUAUAAAUGUCUGGAAUGUGGGAAGAGCUUUGACAUGAGAGGAACCCUGGCCAAACAUCAAAGAAUCCACACAGGGGAGAAACCAUAUAAAUGCACGGAGUGCGGAAAGAGCUUCCGGGCUAGUUGGACCCUUUGUAUACAUAAACGAAUCCACACGGGGGAGAAACCAUAUAAAUGCUUGAACUGCGGGAAGAGCUUCCGGGAUGGCGGAACCCUUGCCAAACAUCAAAGAAUCCACAAAGCGGAGGAAAGAUACAUCUGUACGGACUGUGGAAAGGUAUUUCGGGGGAGCGGUAGCCUUACUUUACACCAAAGAGUCCACACAAGGGAGAAGCAGUGUGCUGGGUGGAACCUUUCCAAACAUGAAAUAAUCCUCAUGGGAAAAACCGUAUCCAAGGUGAAGCUGGCUGGAGGAAGAUUCCCCAUCCUUAUCCUUGGGUGGUGGGUGAUGGAAAUGGCGGAGGGGUUUGUCAUGGCAUCGCCGGAUCCCCAGGAAGAAGUCCCUUCUGGGCAGGAAGGACAGCCCAGGAUCAAAAUAGAGGAGACAUGCUUCUCAGAAUCUGAACGUGAGAUGGGAGUGAAAGGGUCCGAAAGAGCCCCUCACAUCUUCAAGGCGGGGAGCAUUCGGGAAUUGCUUUGCAAGGCGCCGGGGAGACAGUUGACGCAGGUUCCAGGCGAAGGGCUCCUUCAGCAAUGGGAGAGCCAGUGGCAAGAGUUCCUGGGGACCUUGGAGGCCCCCCAGAUGCCGGAGGAGACCACCCCCUGGGACGACGCCAAGGCCUUCCUGGCCUCCUUCGAGCAAGUGGCCAAAGCUUGCCGUUGGCCCUGGGAAGAGUGGGCGGCCAAGCUGCUGCCGGCCCUCAGCGGGGAAGCCGAGAGAGCCUUUUGGAGCCUGGAAGCCGGAGACAGAGAGGAUUAUGGGAAAGUGAAGGCGGCCAUCUUGCGCGGGGACACCAUCAGCAGGGAGAAGAACCGCCAGUACUUCCGGCGCUUCUGCUACCGGGAGGCUGAGGGGCCACGAGGGGCGUAUAGCCGCCUCCAGGAGCUCUGUCGGCGGUGGCUGAAGGUGGAGAGGCACUCGAAGGAGCAGAUCCUGGAGCUGCUGAUCUUGGAGCAGUUCCUGACCAUCUUGCCAGCCGAGGUCCAGAGCUGGGUCAGGGAUCGCGGGCCGGAGACCUGCUCCCAGGCGGUGGCCCUGGCUGAGGAUUUCCUGCUGAGGCAGCUGCAGGUGGAGGAACAGGAGCAGCAGGUGUCUACAGAGGCAGAUGUGAAUCCCCCCAAAGAAGAGGAGGUUCUGGAGCCCGGAGAGGUGCUGGGGCCCAGUUGGGAGAUCAGUGAUGCAAACCAUGCUGGUCUUCUGUUGUGCGAUCCCGUUUCUGCGGAUGCAAAGACCCGCCACUUCUUAGAAUGUCCCUUGCAGAGAGAACCCCAGGGGCCGCCGCUGCAAAGAACGGGGCGAGACGUUCCCCCGUGCAACAAGCAGGAAGAAGCAGGAAGAAGUUCUAACGGGCUGGCGAGAGGGACAGAAGCAAGUCCAAAGGAGAAAGCUGCCUGGGAGUUGGACAAGAGCCAGCCAGGGACCCUGGGGACUGAGACCCAGGCCGCCUCCCCAAAUGGGAAUAGCGUCAAACUGAAGCCGCCGCUGGGCAUCCAUCCUGGGCCAGGACCCUACAAAUGCUCCGAGUGCGGGAAGAGUUUCUGCCGGCGCUCCUACCUGUCCCAGCACCACCGCAUCCACACCGGGGAGAAGCCCUACGAAUGCUCCUACUGCCAGAAGGCCUUCCGGGUGCGCGCUCACCUCACGAAGCACAGGCGCCUGCACAUGGGGGAGAAGCCCUACAAGUGUGGGGACUGCGGCAAGGGCUUCCGCCAGUCGUCCAACCUCCAUAAGCACUUGAAAAUGCACGUGGGCGCCCCGAUCUACAGGUGCCCAGAUUGCGGGAAGAGCUUCGGCCAGCGCUCCAAGUUUUGCCAGCACCGCAAGGCGCACGCCGGCGGGAAGACCUACCGGUGCUCGUGGUGCGGGGAGAGCUUUGGCGAGCUCCGGCUCCUCCGCGCGCACCGGCGGAGCCACGCGGCGGAGUGGGCCUACCAGUGCCCCACCUGCGGGAAGGCCUUCAAUCACCGCUCGAGCUUCCUGAAGCACAGGGUGACCCACACGGGGGAGAAGGCCCACAAGUGCCCCACCUGCGGGAAGGCCUUCAGCCAGUCCUCCAACCUUCGCAAGCACCAGAAGAUCCACACCGGGGAGAAGCCUUACAAAUGCCUCACCUGCGGGAAGUCGUUCACCCAGCGCUCGCACCUCAACCUCCACCAGAACACCCACAAAGGGUUCAAGUCGUACAAAUGCUUAGGCUGCGGGGACAGCUUCACCAACAGGUCGCACCUUAUGAAACACAAACUGAGACACGCCAGCACAAAAGUGGCAACUUCGGCCUGAAAUCCCCCCUUAAUU